CGUAGCACCCCGCUAUCGGCAUACGACGGCACAUGAUAUGGUUAUCGUAGCUAGUUUGUGGUGGUCAUUAUCCAUCUCGAGCUCAGAAACCCGCCCAUCUCACAUCACCCCGCACUAUUCGGAAGACGAAAACCGAAUCUGGGGCCCCGCGUUCCACAAUAUCUGCCAACGUGUUUUUUGACCGUAUCUUUCUCUAUAAAAGCUUAUCAAAACAACACUUGCAACAAAUUGGCUGAUUCCCUCAGCUUCGGACCAGUCUCUCAUAUACGUCAUGGCCUCCAAGCUAGCGGACCAGCAGCCUGCUAUCAGCGAAGACGAAUUCGUGAAACCAAAUGAAGAGCCCCAUCUGAAAGGAAUCCCAGAAGACAAACGAGAGCUGUAUCUUUCUUACGCGGCGAAAGAUGCAGAAUGGAAGGCAUUCCAUACGAAAAAGCUGCUGAGAAAAGUCGACCUCAGACUCCUCCCCUUGCUCGUACUCAUGUAUUUACUGAACAUUCUCGAUCGAAGUAACCUUGCCCAAGCAAGACUUGGAUCGCUGGAGAAAGAUCUGAAUAUGACAGGAACGGACUUCAACCUUGCAACGAGUAUUUUGUUCAUUGUAAGUUGUUAUGAGAUGCGACAGAAAUGUGCAAAAAGCUGACGAUUGAAGGGUUACUUGUUAAUGCAACUUCCAUCAAACCUGUUACUUACAAGAAUACCACCUGCACUUUAUCUUGGUGGUGUGAUGACUAUAUGGGGAGUGGUGUCAGCUGCUCAAGCUUCAGUUAAGAGCUUCGGGCCUUUGCUAGCUUGUCGGAUAUUGUUGGGAGUCGUAGAGGCCCCCUUCUUCCCAGGUUUUUCUCCCGAAUUACCUCGUAUUGACAAUACUGAUAUUGAAAAGGAGCAAUCAUGCUUAUGUCUUCCUGGUACAAGCGCCAAGAGCUAACUCACCGUAUCGCUUGGUUCUACUCUGGAAGCUCUCUUGCCAAUAUGUUUGGUGGGCUUCUUGGGGCUGGAAUACUUGGAAAUCUUGACGGAGUUGACGGGAUAGCAGGCUGGUAUGUGCCCACGUAGCGGAAUGUUAGUAGCUAUUAAUGUUCUUUAGGAGAUGGCUCUUCAUAAUAGAAGGCGUUAUAACUACCGGGACUGCUAUCAUAUCCUCGUAAGUAACGUCCUUGACACAGAAAGAACCUCAGAGGCAUGCUGAUUGUUCUAGAUUUGUUUUGCCUAACUUUCCGGCUUCAUCAAAAUGGUUAAGCGACGAAGAGAGGUCUUUUGCAGAGUGGCGUCUCGUAGACGAUGCCAAAGAAGCAGACGAUGCAGAUUCCGUGACGUUGAAGGCAGGGCUCAAAAUGGCUCUCAAGGACUAUCGCGUCUACCUUUUUAUCCUCUUGCAGCAUAUCUCUCUUCUAUCGCAAGCGUUCCAGUACUUCUUUCCAUCUAUCGUCAACACUCUAGGCUAUGGGCACAUUGAAACGCUUCUAAUUACAGUUCCCGUCUGGUUUGCGACAUUCCUGGUGUCAUUGUUCGUCACAUAUACUAGUGGCAAGACCGGAGAUCGCUCAAUUCAUAUCAUCUGCUUGAUGCUUGUGUCGGCAGUUGGAAAUGCUAUUGCUACCGGUAGUACAAAUAUGGGGGCAAGAUUCUUCGCCAUGUUCUUAAUGCCGUGAGUGUCAUUCUCCAAAAAUCUUCGCGUGGUACUGAAUUUUAUAGUAUGGGAGCUGUAUCAGCGUAUCAAAUUAUCGUUGCAUGGGUUGCAAACUCCUUCCCUCGACCAUUAGUCAAACGGUACGCAAUUGGAUCUUUUGACUCAGGAUGGCUUACUGACGUGAUGUUAGUUCGGCAUCGAUAGCAAUUUGCAAUAUGAUUGGUAACACGGCGAAUAUCUAUGGCUCUUACGUAUGUAUUGAUUCAACAUGUUGAGAUUCUAAUUCUAACAAUUCUAGAUGUACCCCAAGUCUGCUGGUCCUCAAUAUAUUCCAGGUGCGCCCAAUCAAUAUAACUCUUCUUGUUUGAUUGAUCACAUAACUAAUCUUGUAAACAGGCGGUACUGCGAAUGCUGUGAUAUGCCUCGUAGUCGCUAUUACCGCCUAUAUGCUCCGCCUUGUUCACAUCCACGAGAAUAGAAAGUUGGAAAGAGUGGAGUCGGAGGCAGUCAGCGGUCUUGAGGAGGAAAGUUCAGAGGGUAGAAAUGUCGGAUUCAGAUAUAUAUACUGAUCCUCGAAGAUGAUCAGCUAAGCGAGAGAGACAUGCUCCUACCCGUUCGAAGCACUGUACCUUUUUCUUAAUAUGAUCUUUUUUCCUCGUCUAUAGAUGGGAUGGGGGACACAGGCUUGCAGUUCUAGGUUACGUGCCAAAACGAGGUUUAGUUUCGUACAACUAGGGAAUAAGAUAAUUACACCAAGCUUAAGGGUAUAUACUGU